CGAUGCCUGCACUUUCGCAUUCCUCCCGCCCAAAUUUCAUCGAUCGUCCUCCUCUUGGAUCCCAAAACCCCAGCGACGAAAAAGAAAAAAACCCUAGCGGAUCCUAAAUCCAAGUAUUAUGAAAGUGAAUAGAUGGACAGCGACCUACACAAAACACAUAAAGCAAAAGAGGAAAGUAUAUCAAGACGGGAUCUUGAAGCUCUCAGGUGACAAGGUACUACUGUAUGAUGAUUGCGAGAAACUUAUAGAUAGCAGAUUUUUGAAAAAGGAUGAAUUGGUUGAAUGUGGUGGGAUGCUGGUAUUUGAUAGUCAUCUUGUUGACAUCGGGAACCCUGAAGAAUGUCACAUGCCUUCAGCAGAUUUAAAUGGGGGUGGAGAAGAUGUGGAAUCGAAAGAAAGAGCUGGAGCAUAUAGACGGAAGGCCUUUCACCUUGAAAUUAAGAAAAGCACAUUGCAAAAUUUACCAUCAAAGAACCAUUCAAAUGCAGUUCAUGAAAGCAAGAAAGCUAUAGAAAACAAGAGAAACACAAGACAAAAUGAAGCAGCUCCAGAACAUUCCAAUUCCAUUUCCAGCAAUAACAGAGGGAAUCAGCAGACUAAGCAGUGUGGUGCUGGGGUGCUUCAAAGUGGUCCAGAUGAAGCCCAGACCACUUUAAAAGAAUGGACUGCGUUGUACACUACUCAAAUAACUCAAAAAUCAAAAAGAUACCAUGAUGGCAUUUUGCAGCUUGUCAGUCGUGGUUCACAUAUGAAUCAGGUUAUCUUAUUAAAUGAAGAUGGGUCAGUACUUAGCAGCAAGUACCUUAAGUCAGUUGAAUGUGUUGAAACUGGGCAAGACUAUGAGUUUCAUAAUUACCUGGUUCAGAUUUGUGAGCCAUGUGCUCUUCCAGGAGAUAAGUCGCAUGAGGGCUUUUUGCAGCAAGUGGAUGGUUGUAGAAAUACAGGAAAGGAUGUGCUAAUGGCUAAUCAGAAAAUCACCAGAACCAAGUCAAUAAUUAAUGCCAAUACCCAAUAUGAGCAUGCAGGAGUUGCUUGUGCUAAUCCAGAUGAUGGCAGGUCCACCAAUACUCAUGUCAAGUCAAUACAAGAAUGGAAUGCUUUGUACACCACUCAGAAAACUCAGAAAGCAAAAAAGUAUCAUGAUGGCAUCUUGCAGCUUGUCAAUUGCAGUUCACAUAUGAAGCAGGCUAUUCUAUUUAAAGAAGACAGGACUAUCCUGGGUAGCCAGUACCUUAAAUCUAACGAAUGUGUAAAAACUGGGCAGAUGCGUGAAUUCGCUAACUAUCUCAUUGAGAUCUGCGAGCAGAUAACUCCUGUGGGGGAUGAUUCCCCUAGGCAACCUUUGGAAGAAGUUGCAGGUUUGAGGAGUACAUGCAAGGACAAGUUAAUAAAUAAUAGGAAUGACCAUGAUGACAAGUCAUUGCUCAAAGAUGUCCAGAAGGGCAAUUUAGGAGAGGUCACGCAUGGUGCUAACUCUAGCAGUGGGAGGUCUACCACUAUCAGCUAUAGGCCAAUAUGUGACGUCAGUCAAAUUUUGUCCUCUCUUAAAAGGCCAGUCCGUACACCACAAUCUUCAGACGCUCUCCUGUUGGAUGCUGAUAAUAAGGGCAAAGUUCUGGAAUGUAAUGCCAGGAAACCCAAGGUAGAUGAUCUCACAGGCAAUAUCAGCAUUGUAAUCAGUGAUUGUCAGCAGAGGCCAGUAUCACAUGAGUAUUCCAAUUCAUCUAAUCCGCUGUCUGGAGUAGCACGUGGCACUUCAACAGCCAAACUAGACACAAAAAACGACUUCAUAAAAAAUCAAUGCAUAACAAACACCACUGGAGACUAUAAAGUUGCAGAUGGUAAUGAUAACAGCGUGGCCAACAAUGCUCAAAGAAAUUCAUCAAAAGCUGUUCUCCCUUCUGAUAUAUUGUCCUAUGGACCAGAGGACAGCAUGAGUAUGGCUGAGAUUGCAUCUCCCUCAAGCAGUCCUGAGGAUCACACAGAUGCAAAUAAAAAGACAAGCAUUGCUGAUGAGAUAAUGACUCUGCAACAGGAAUGGACCUCAUUAUCACAUCGAGUAUUAACAACUGGAGACAUCAAAAACCCAAUCAGGUUAAAGCGCCUUGGUGCUUAUUCUUUGUUGCAUGAUCUUAAACUCCAUCUAUAUAUAAGGCCCGUCUGGCCUAUAGUUGUUUUUGUUGGAGCACGUGAGUGUGGGGGCCACGUUCUCCAGUGUGGAUGA